UGACCUCCGUUGCCGUGGCUACACGUGAUGUUUAGGAAGUGUCCGUUUUUUGCAAUAUGGCUGUGCAGAGCUGGACAGCUCUCCUAAAAGCAUCCACGAAAACCGCUUUAAUACAUGAUGGGAAAAGGAAUAUACACUAUCUCUUUACAGAUGGGAAAGAAAUGGCAGAAGAAUAUGACUUGACAACAGAUGAGCUCAUUGUACGAAAGUGGCGUUCGAAAAGCACCUUGAAGGGACAGGGACCAUGGGAGAUAGAAGUUGGAGAGCCAGUCCCAUCUACUGUAGCCUGUUUGGAAUCAGAUGUUAUCAAGGAAAACUGUUCAAACCCUGUAUUUAUGCGCAAAGACACAAAGACCAGUUUCCUGUGGAGAGUCCGGAACCUUCCGUACCCCAAAGAGGUCUACAACAUUUCAGUGGAGCCUGAUCAACGAUGCUGCAUCAUACGAACAAAUAACAAAAAGUACUACAAGAAGUUUAAUGUUCCUGAUCUGGACCGAAGCCAGCUGCCAUUGGAUAGUUCCGCGCUCAACUUCACCCAUGCCAAUAACACGUUAAUUGUCAGUGUCAAACAUUACACUACAAGAUGUACGUGGAAGAGAAAUGGGUUUCUGUAGAGUACAAGAAGCCCAAGGAGAUAUUAACCCUUGAGCACGAGCUACUCCGGGAGGUGAAGAAACUGAAGGGAACCAAUGAAGGGGACGUCGACUGCAAAACACAAUGAAGUCCCAGUGUGGAUCUGAGGGGGUGUCACUCAAACAAGUCGUUUUUGAUUUGCACUGGUGAUGCAUUAUCCUGUAUGUUUUCUACUCUGAUUUCUGGUUCUCAAUGGGAUUCCACUAUUGGAACAUUUUUGCACAGUGCCUUGUCCAUACUUUCCAUUGUGUUUAUUGCGGUCGGGGCGGGGGGGGAUGUGUGAUUGAGACAGUGAAUUACAAACAUAGUUACUUGUUUAAACAUGUUAGUUUUUGAUGGAACACUUACAAGUGUUCUGUCAAAAAGGUAUUUGAGAAAUGUCACUGCUGCUCUGUAAAAAGUUCUGAAUUGUUGUUGUCGAGAUACGAACACUUAUUGGGUUUAUUACGUGAUGUUGUCCUUUGAAGAUUAAUACAAUUCCAUAACAUUGUUAA